AUAACACAUAAUACACACAUCAUGGACGAAAUAGGUGUGCUUGAUAUCGUCUUGGCACUUGUUGUUGCCGGAUUUUUGUUCCUGGUUAUUCGUUACUUUAGUUCACAAAAGGGAAAGAAGAGUGAACCACCUAGAGUACCAAACUUCCUUCCAUACUUUGGUUCAUUUGUUGGCUUUGCCAAGAACCCAGUUGGUUUCAUUAUUGAAAAUAGCAAAAAGUAUGGUGAUGUCUUUACUGCCACAAUUCUCGGUAAGGAAAUGACCUUUUUGAAUCACCCAAAGAUUUUGGAAACUUUCUUCAAGGCUACUGAUAAUGAACUUUCUUUGAGAGAUGUUUACAAAUUCAUGAGACCAGUCUUUGGUGCAGGUGUCGUUUAUGAUGCUGAUUCCACUGAACGUAUGAUGGAACAAGUCAAGUUUGUUUCAUCUGGUCUUACCACUGCUCGUUUCCGUGUCUUUGUUGAUAUCUUUGAAGAUGAAGUUAGACGUAGAGUUGAUGUUUUGGGCAAGGAAGGAACUGUUAAUAUUGUUGAAUUGUUAUCUGAUUUGAUUAUUUUCACUGCUUCUCGUUGUUUGUUAGGUGAUGAAGUUAGAGAAUAUUUGAGUUCAAAGAAUUUGGGUAAACUUUAUCACGAUAUUGAUGAAGGUAUUAGUCCAUUGUCUUUCUUCUAUCCAUCACUUCCUGCAGGUAGACGUGACACUGCUAGAAAGGCUAUUGGUGAAAUUUUCCAAGAAUUAUUAGAUAAGAGAAGAGAAGAACACAAGAAGAAUCCAGAACGUUUGUUGGAUGAAUCAAAGAUGGACGUUGUUGAUCAUUUGCUUACUCAAAAGUAUAAGGAUGGUCAAGAAUUGACUGAUGUUCACAGAAUUGGUGUUUUGAUUGCUGGUUUGUUUGCUGGUCAACACACUUCUUCAAUUACUAGCAGUUGGACUUUGAUGAGUGUUAUUGCUGAUAAGAGAGUUUUAGGAAAGGUUAGAGCUGAACAAGAUGAAAUUAUGGGUUCCGAUGCCAAGUUGGAUUAUGAAAAGGUUAUGAAAAUGGAUUAUCUUGAAGCCUGUAUGAAGGAAGCCCUCAGAAUGUAUCCACCUUUGAUCAUGAUUAUGAGAAUGGCCAGAAAGCCAAGACAAUGCGAAGAAUUCAUUAUUCCAAAGGGUAACAUUUUGGUUGUUUCUCCAUCUGUUGCUGGUAGAUGUACUGAUACUUUCACUAGUCCAGAUGUUUUCAGACCAGAACGUUUGACUGAAGAUAAGGAACAAGACAAAUUCAAGUAUGGUAAUGUUCCAUUUGGUGCUGGUCGUCACAAAUGUAUUGGUGAAAACUUUGCUCUCCUCCAAGUUAAGAGUAUUAUUAGUAUUUUAUUGAGAUAUUAUGAUAUGGAAUAUAUGGGCAAUAUUCCAGAACCAUCUUACUCUUCACUCGUUGUUGGUCCUGCUCCUCCAAACAUGGUCAAGUACAAGCUCAGAAAAUAAUUGUAACACUAUUUAUUUAUAAAAACACAAAAAUUUUAAAAUUCAUUU